GCAGCCUGAAGCCUGGCCGUGUGGUCCAUACACGUGUGGAGGAGCCAGUGUGAGCGGAGACCCUAAUGACUUUGUGAGAGGGCACACAAAGAUCGAGAAGCUGGCUGCUACACCACGUCGGAUUUUCAGAUUUUCAGCGGUUAAUUUAUUUCGUUACAGACGGUUUUGUAUCGAACGUAAAGCUCUGAUACCAGAGCCCAGAAGGACAAUGAAGUACAUUCUUGUAACUGGUGGUGUCAUCUCGGGCAUUGGCAAAGGCAUUAUAGCAAGCAGUGUGGGCACCAUCUUGAAGUCAUGCGGCCUACAUGUAACCGCUAUUAAGAUUGACCCUUAUAUCAACAUAGAUGCUGGAACCUUCUCACCAUAUGAACAUGGGGAGGUUUUUGUGCUGGAUGAUGGAGGUGAGGUAGAUUUAGAUCUUGGGAAUUAUGAGAGGUUCUUGGACAUCCGACUCACCAGAGACAACAACCUGACCACGGGGAAGAUCUACCAGUCAGUCAUCAACAAAGAGAGGAGGGGAGACUACCUCGGUAAAACUGUGCAAGUGGUCCCACAUAUAACAGAUGCAAUUCAGGAGUGGGUUGUGAAGCAGGCCAAAGUUCCCGUCGAUGAUGAUGGUGUAGAACCUCAAGUUUGCGUAAUAGAGUUGGGAGGAACUGUCGGAGACAUUGAGAGCAUGCCUUUCAUUGAGGCCUUCAGACAGUUCCAGUUUAAGGUCAAGAGGGAGAACUUCUGUAAUAUCCAUGUCAGCUUGAUUCCGCAGCCCAGUGCAACUGGGGAGCAGAAGACAAAACCCACUCAAAACAGUGUGAGAGAACUGAGAGGACUGGGUCUGUCUCCUGAUCUGAUUAUGUGCCGUUGCACUACAGCUUUGGAGACUUCUGUGAAAGAGAAAAUUUCAAUGUUCUGCCAUGUUGCUCCAGAACAGGUCAUCUGCGUGCAUGAUGUCUCCUCCAUCUACAGAGUGCCCUUACUGCUGGAAGACCAGGGGGUUGUAGGAUACCUGAGUCGUCGGCUUAAUAUGCCCAUCGAGACCCGCCCCAGGAAGAUGCUCACCAAAUGGAAGGAGAUGGCUGACCGAUCAGACCGACUGCUAGAGCAUUGUUCCAUAGCCCUGGUGGGAAAGUACACAAAGUUCUCAGACUCUUAUGCCUCUGUUAUUAAGGCCCUGGAGCACUCCGCGCUGUCCAUUAGCCACAAAUUAGAAGUCAAAUACAUAGACUCGGCAUCUCUUGAGCCAAGUACACUACAUGAGGAACCUGUAAAAUACCAUGACGCCUGGCAAAAACUCUGCAGUGCUGACGGCAUCCUGGUUCCUGGAGGCUUUGGUGUCAGGGGAACUGAAGGCAAGAUUCAUGCCAUUGGCUGGGCCAGGAAACAGAAGAAGCCUUUCCUGGGUGUGUGUUUGGGAAUGCAGUUGGCUGUGUGUGAAUUUGCCAGGAACAUGCUUGGCUGGAAAGAUGCAAAUUCAACAGAAUUUGACCCUGAAUCUCAACAUCCAGUCGUGAUAGAUAUGCCAGAACACAACCCUGGCCAAAUGGGCGGCACAAUGAGGUUGGGGAAGAGAAGGACCAUCUUUAAAACCAACAACAGCAUAUUGCGAAAGCUUUAUGGAGAUGCAGAAUAUGUUGAAGAAAGACACAGACAUCGUUUUGAGGUCAAUCCAGAGCUCAAAAGUCACUUUGAGGAAAAAGGUUUCCGAUUUGUAGGUCAGGAUAUUGAAGGGGAACGGAUGGAAGUUAUAGAAUUGGAUGAUCACCCAUAUUUUGUCGGAGUGCAGUACCAUCCAGAAUUUACCUCACGCCCUAUAAAGCCAUCACCACCUUAUCUUGGAUUACUCCUGGCAGCAGCAGGGAAGCUACCAAGCUACUUGCAAAAAGGAUGUCGACUGUCUCCACGAGACACAUACAGUGAUCGAAGUGGGAGCAGCACACCUGACUCUGAAAUCUCAGAGUUGAAAUUGCCAUCACUUUCUAAUGAAUAAAAAGUAUGGUUUAUUUUAAACAGCUGCAUAGUUUUUUACACACCUCAAAAUAAAUAUUUUCAGAUGUA